CAGACUGUGAGUCUGAAUUCCACAUCGCGACUCGUCCAGCUGCGGAACACCGAGAGGCAAGAUUUAUCAAGAUUGUCGGAAAAAGAAAGCAACCGAAGCGCGACGACCAUAGACUUUAAAGGACUUAACACUAAUUCGAGUACAUAUACAUUUCCUUUUCGGCACUUUAAAUUGUUUUUUUCUUCACUAUACCGCCGUCUCGCUGAAAAUUGAGAUGAGGACUUUGUGGUUGUUGUUCCUGGUCGGGCUGGCCGUCAGUGAAAAAAUGCUGGUCUCUUCCCAGUCAUUUAUGGGAGAUGACAUUUAUAUCGAGGGUCAAACAUCAGGUGAGCUCCCAAUAGAUGAUGAAGAUGGGGAUGGCUCAGGCUCAGGAUCCGGAGACUAUGACAAAGAGGACAAGGAGACGAUAAACAUCACAGAGUUAUUCAACGUGGCCAAGAGCGAAGACACGCUUCCAACUCAGUCGGCGGCAGAUUCUGCCCGCAAUCCAACAACCAAAGUGGUGGACACUGAGACAACACCGUUCACAGAGGACACUAAAGUCAAGGAGGUGCCAGUUAAGGACCCAGUGGCUGACUUGUUCACCCACCCUCCCAGUCUGAGCACCACCUCUGAGGCCAUUAGCACCAAAGAAGCAGAUGAGGACAACAGCCUGGAUAGGUGGGACGACUCCAAAACGAAAGUGAAAGACAGCAGAGCUAAAGUCACAAAUGAAAUUCUGACAAAUGAGGUUGACGAUGGUCAAGGCAGCAGACUAUUUUACCCUCCUGAUGAUGUUACAUCUGAGAGCAUGUGGGAGAGGACGGAGGUGCUGGCAGCGGUGAUAGCAUGCGUGGUGGUCGGAUUGCUCUGUGCCAUCUUUCUGUUGGUCCUCCUCGCCUACCGCAUGAAGAAGAAGGACGAAGGCAGUUACGAUCUAGGCGACACCAAACUGUCCACAACAGCUUAUCAGAAAGCACCUACCAAGGAGUUUUACGCCUGAACUGACCAAUAGAGACUCAAAAGGAUACCAUAACCUGCCAGUUUGGACUGAGAACGGCGCAUCCUUUUUUUCCUUUCUUGCAUCUUCAACAGCAACAGCAAUCUCCUCUGCACCCUCUGUCCUCUUUGCUAUCUUUACACAUCUCAGUCUUUAGUCUGCACAAUUGUCAGGAUGGGUGAAUUCUAUUAAUCACGUCAUUAUAAUCUUAAAAAGGAGUUUGGCAUCAAUCAGAAAGGCUUUUAAGAGUAUCCCAGGAUCACAGCCAUUCUAGUCAGGAAAAUUGGUAUUUCACACUGUGCCUUAAUAGACCCACACUGCCUACCUACAAUGGACUUGCUUCUGCAGCUUGUUGGUCUCAGCUUGGCUAAACGGUAAUGAGGAAGUUGGCUGAAACCAAAGAAUAGGACAGCUUCAGUAUGGUUUGAAUGCUGUUGUGAAAUGGUACUACAUAUGCAAAGUAUUCCAAAGAGUAAUCAAUUUUUCCCUUUUUUUUUUUUUUUGUUCAAGGUCAGAUUUCAUGUGUUGUUACAUUUCAUUUAGCGCUUUUUGCUUUGACUGUAAGAAUGUUUUUGUUUGCUGUCAUGACAAGUGAAUAUCUUAUUCCAUAUUAUGUCCAGUAUUGGUACGUGAGAUGUGGUUGUCCUGCAGGUACUUUUUUUUUUUUUUCUUAUGAAUCUUAUAUUGUAACAGAUCAAUAUAAAUGUUCUUAUGUUGACUUUGGAAAUUGUAGCGUGUUUGUGAUUAUUUUUUGUAAUGUAUUUUUGAGAUUUUGAUUUCCAAAAGCCAUUUAAAAAACAUUUCAAGUUUAUAGAUUAUAUUCACACUGUCUUUGCACACACAUGGUUUGUCAAACAUCUAGUGAAAUGUUUCAUAUUUACAGGACUAUCUUAUGUGAUGACUGAGUGCAGCAAGCAAGGCCAAACCACAUUCCUUUGUGACUGCCAACUGUAUGCAGCUAUAAUAACAGGUUUGGCUGGUGUUCCGCAGUCUCGAGAGUCCUGGUCUUUUUGGACAAUAAGGUGUUUCAGUCAAACACAGGCGACGAAAAAACGACAGCUUGGCCUUCAACUGUAGGUUUCCCAUGUUCUAAUGCAGUUAUUUGUAGUUAUUCUGCUAUAUAUCUUAGCAUUUACUCUGGUGCUAAUCAUAUAUCAUAGCAUUUUGAUGUUUUGUUUGCUUUGUGGACGUAGGGAAAGCUACUUUGGAGCAGCUUUUUUUUUUUUUUUUAAAGACUUCCUAUGUUUUAAAAAAAAAAAGUCAAUUAUUACAUUGAUUUAAGCUUGUUUCUUCAAAUUACCACACUCAAGUAGAACACAAUCACCUGUUUUCAGAUUUCACUGUCAAAUAGUUGUUUAAUUUCACGCACCAUGUAUUUUUUAAGGAGUUUUGUUUCAGUUAAAACCUCAAUUUUUUUAUUGCAAAUUUAAUAGCUUCCACCUUUUGUUAGUGAGAUGGCAUGUUUACAAAUUUUCCGUUGCCAGGCGCUCAUACAUUUCCAAAUAAUGUGUGGAAAUUUGGUAAACUACCUACAUUUCAUGGCUGGAAUAAAGAGAAUGUUAUGAACAUUAACCCUUUGUGAUUUACUGCUUAUAAAACCAUGUUUUAUUCCUUGUAAUUAAGACCGUAAAGAUCUUACUUGAUCAAACUGAAGCUCGAGCUGAAGUUCUAGCUCUUAAGUGGUGGCAUGGUGCAAAGACCCACAUAUUAAAAUUGUGCCUUGCUUAAAAAUAAAAUAAAAAAAAUAAUAGAAAUGCAAACUCAUGCACAAUGUAAAGCAGUGGUCUGCUUCUGCAACAUUCCUUUGGGAUUGUUUAGUAAUUAUAUGUAUUAAUUUAUGCUACUUUAGUUUGGAAUCUAUGUCAAGUGUACAGUACUCAUGUUUUAAGCAUCUUUGUUCCUACUGAUCAAAUAUUUUAAAUGUAUUUUUUUUGUUAUUGGGAGGCUAUGGUUCAGUUAUUUGUUAGUAAACCAGCCGUACGCAAUUGUCUUUUAUUUGGACAAUAAAAGCUAUGAGAGUUGA